AUGCUCGUUGUACAGGGUGAUCAAGAUAUCUUGGUCUUUGCCAAUAUGACUGAUCUUGACUUCAACAAAACUUGCGAGGCCUUCCCCACGUCCAAGAUAGAGUUGAGCGUGUACCCCGAUACGGAUCACGAUACAGUAACGACGGCAGCACAACCGGAUUGGCUGAGGUGGAUUGCGGCUCGAUUCGACAACAGUGCUGUGGGAGAGGGAUGCGUUAGACGAACUGUGCGUGCGGUCAAUGACCGGAUGUCCAACACAGUCGUGUAA